AUGGCGUUUUGGGCCCUCUCAGACAAGCUGGCUCCUCUAGGGCCCUCUCAGACAAGCUGGCUCCACUACGGCCCUCUCAGCCAAGCUGGCUCCUCUAGGGCCCUCUCAGACAAGCUGGCUCCUCUAGGGCCCUCUCAGACAAGCUGGCUCCACUACGGCCCUCUCAGACAAGCUGGCUCCUCUAGGGCCCUCUCAGCCAUCUGGUUACACGAGGGCAGGCUGGCUGAGAGGGCCCUAAUCUCCAGGCUCAAAGCGUCAGUCCACCAGUCAUCGACAGUGUCAUCAACAAAACUGAUUGAAUGUUCAACCAACUCUUUUUCUCCAGAGUCUGUGCGGCUUGUGGAUGGAGCUGGUCUCUGCUCUGGGAGAGUGGAGGUGAAGUCCAAUCAGUCCUGGGCCUCAGUGUGUGAAGCUGACUUUGACCGGCAGGAUGCAGAGGUCGUCUGUAGGGAUGUUGGCUGUGGGGCUCCUGCAGCUCUACAGGGGGGGCUCUAUGGAGAAGGUGAGGGUCAGACCUGGGAUAAAGAGUUCCAGUGUAAAGGCAAAGAGUCCCUUCUCCUGGACUGUGACACCUCAGACAGAGAGAACAACACCUGCCUACCUGGUAAUGCUGUUGGACUCACCUGCUCAGAGCCUGAUGAUGUGAGGCUGGUGGGAGGAGGCAGUCGCUGUGCUGGUGGAGUGGAGUGGUACGACCAGGGAGAGUGGAGGACUGUGGGAGCUGAUGACAGGGACCAGGAGAAUGUAGCUGUAGUAGUGUGUAGACAGCUGGGUUGUGGCUCCACUGUUUCAGUACCACCUGGAAACACCACUAGAGAGUUUAGAGUUUCCUGUUCUGGGUCUGAGUCUUCACUGAGGGAGUGUAGGAGAAGUUAUGGUCUCCUUCCUGGACUCACAGUGAUCUGCUCAGAUCUCCUGGUCCAGCCUGAUAUCUUCCUGACUGACCCAAUGGGAGGGGUCUUCAGGGGCCACCAGGGGCCCGAGAUGUUCAGGGGCUACAACUUCACCAUCACCUGCUCCACUCAGCCACAGUACCCAGGAGGCUCCUUCCUCCUCACGUUCACCGGCUCCAACAGAACCCAGACCCAGCCAGCUGUCAAUCACUCUGCUGCCUUCCUCUUCCCUGCUGCAGAUGACUCCCACCAAGGGAACUACAGCUGUGUUUAUGAUAAUUAUGUUUUCUCUCAUAACUUCUCCUCUGAGAGUGAGCUCCUCUUCCUCACCAUCACAGCCUCUCCUCUGCCAGGCUUCAUCAUCAGACACGUUGUAGUGCUGCUGAUCCUACUGACAACAAUCACCACCUCCUACCUGUACUACAAGCCCACCAGGAGGCAGAAGAGAGUGAACAGGGUGAGCAGCAUGGAUCUUUAUGUCAAUGCCAUGGAGAUGGUCUCUCUGAGCUCCAGAGCUGAAGCUGGACCGGGAGAGGAGAGAGCAGCCCAGGGACGGAGUGAGAGUGACAUACGGAGAGACGAUGAGAGGCUUCAGACUUGGUUUCUCUGUGGAUCCAAAUAA